AUGAAAGUGGUGGUGGAGGUUAUUAAUGCUCGUGAUCUUAUGCCCAAGGAUGGUGAAGGAUCAGCAAGUCCCUUUGUGGAAGUAGACUUUGAAAACCAGCUGAGCCGAACUAGAACUGUUCCAAAGAACCUCAAUCCCACUUGGAAUCAAAAACUUGUCUUUCAUUUAGAUGCAACCAAACCUUACCAUCGCCAAAUCAUUGAAGUCUCAGUCUACAACGAGAGGAGACCUAUUCCUGGCAGGAACUUCCUUGGAAGGGUAAGAAUUCCUUGCUCUAACAUUGUCAAGGAAGGUGAGGAAGUGUAUCAGAUUUUCCCACUUGAAAAGAAAUGGUUUCUCUCACCUGUUAAGGGUGAGAUCGGCCUCAAAAUAUACCUUGCAUCAGGGUCCAAACCAAAACCACACUCUCCUAUUUUCCCUUCAGAAAUAGAAAAACUCUCUCCUUCUACUACUACACCACAAGUAUCAGAAUCCACUACUACUAAACUUCCUUCUCUUCAUAUUAUCCCCUCAGACAAUACAAGCCUACCUGACAGAACAUUCACUCAGCAAGACAAAAUAUUAGAAGCUGGUCCCGCUCAGGAUCCUACAUUUGACACCCCAAAAGCAACCAGAGAAGAAGAAGAAGAAGCUCAGUCUAGUGACAUUGAUAUUGAUCAAGAGCCAAAGGAAGAAAGCAGAGAACCUGUCCUUGAGAUAGCCCAACAACUAGACAAACACCAAGUUCUUCAGCCACAAAUGAUUUCAAUAAAGAAAAGGCCACAAGGUACUCCAUUCACAAUGCACUCUGUUGAUCCACAAGUUCACCCUAGCCAUGAUGAAAGCGACAAUCACAAUGACAUCAACCUGCAGCCAAGGAUUUCAAUCAAGAGACGGCCGCGACCACAGGGCACUCCAUCACCAGCGCAUUCAGUUAAUCCACAAGUCCAUACUACCUAUGAUGAAAACUAUAGUCUAAUGGGCACCAACCCUCAACAGCCAAGAAUUCUAGUAGAGAGACAACCAAAGAGUAGUAGUACUCCACUCACCAUGCACCCAGUUAAUCCACAAGUCCAUGCUAGCAAUGAUGAAAACUACAACCUCAAUAACACCAAAGCUUAUGGUGGAAGAGGGUGGCUGAGUGGUACUAGUGAAAGAUUCACAAGCACAUAUGACCUUGUUGAGCAGAUGUUUUAUCUUUAUGUUCGUGUCGUGAAAGCAAAAGAUCUUCCCACAAGCACCAUCACCUCAAGCUGUGAUCCUUAUGUGGAAGUGAAGCUGGGAAACUAUAGGGGAAGAACAAAGCACUAUGAGAAGAAAUCGAACCCAGAGUGGAACCAAGUGUUUGCUUUCUCCAAAGACCGUGUUCAGUCUUCUGUUCUAGAAGUCUUUGUGAAAGAUAAAGCAAUGUUAGGAAGAGAUGACUAUCUUGGAAGAGUGAUUUUUGACCUCAAUGAGGUUCCAACCAGAGUUCCACCAGACAGUCCACUAGCUCCUCAGUGGUACAGACUCGAGGAUUUGCAAGGAGAAGGCAUGGUUAGAGGUGAUAUCAUGCUUGCAGUUUGGAUGGGAACACAAGCUGAUGAAGCUUUCUCGGAUGCUUGGCAUUCCGAUGCUGCCACUGUCUAUGGGGAGGGUGUUUUCAACAUAAGAUCAAAGGUUUAUGUGUCUCCAAAACUGUGGUAUCUCAGGGUCAAUGUCAUUGAAGCACAAGACGUGAUACCAGGCGACAGAAACCGCUUACCAGAGGUUUCUGUGAAAGCUCAAGUUGGCUGCCAAAUGAUGAGGACCAAGAUAUGCUCCACUAGAACAACCACCCCAUUUUGGAAUGAAGAUUUGGUUUUUGUAGCUGCUGAACCAUUUGAGGAGCAAUUGACAAUCACUGUGGAGGAUCGCUUGCACCCUUCAAAAGAUGAGGUACUUGGGAAGAUUAGCCUACCAAUGAGCCUCUUUGAGAAGAGGCUGGACCACAGGCCAGUUCCUUCUCGCUGGUUCAAUCUUGAGAAGUUUGGUUUUGGAGUGAUGGAAGGUGAUAGGAGGAAUGAGCUUAAAUUUUCAAGCAGGAUUCACUUGAGAGUUUGCCUUGAAGGUGGAUACCAUGUCCUAGAUGAAUCCACUUUGUACACAAGUGAUCAAAGAACAACAGCAAGACAGCUAUGGAAGCAGCCUAUUGGGAUACUUGAAGUGGGUAUCUUAGGAGCACAAGGGCUUCUCCCAAUGAAGAUGAAGGAUGGCCGUGGCAGCACUGAUGCAUAUUGUGUUGCCAAGUAUGGUCAGAAAUGGGUCAGAACCAGAACACUUUUGGACACUUUUAGUCCUAAGUGGAAUGAGCAAUACACAUGGGAGGUUUAUGAUCCUUGCACUGUGAUAACAUUGGGGGUCUUUGACAACUGCCACUUGGGUGGAAGUGAAAAAGCUCCUGGUGGCAGUUCAGCUAGAGAUUCUCGGAUUGGAAAGGUAAGGAUUCGGCUAUCAACCCUUGAAGCUCAUAGGAUCUACACCAAUUCUCACCCACUUCUUGUUUUACACCCACAUGGGGUUAAGAAGAUGGGUGAGCUUCAGCUAGCAGUGAGGUUCACAGCACUUUCACUAGCCAACAUGGUUCAUAUUUAUGGCCAACCCUUGCUGCCAAAGAUGCACUACUUACAUCCUUUCACAGUUAACCAAAUAGAUAGUUUGAGGUACCAAGCCAUGACUAUUGUAGCUGCAAGGCUUGGCAGAGCUGAACCCCCUUUGAGGAAGGAGGUGGUGGAGUACAUGUUGGAUGUUGAUUCUCAUUUGUGGAGCAUGAGAAGAAGCAAAGCUAACUUCUUCCGCAUAAUGUCCCUUCUUUCUGGCAUGAUGACAAUGGGAAGAUGGUUCAUUGAUGUUUGCCAUUGGAAGAACCACAUCACAUCAGUUCUGGUUCACAUUCUUUUCCUAAUACUGAUAUGGUACCCAGAAUUGAUCCUACCAACAUUGUUCCUCUACAUGUUCUUGAUUGGUCUGUGGAACUAUAGGUUCCGUCCUAGACACCCACCUCACAUGGACACUAAACUCUCAUGGGCAGAAGCUGUUCACCCUGAUGAACUUGAUGAAGAGUUUGACACAUUCCCAACUUCUAGAUCAAAUGAUGUGGUGAGAAUGAGGUAUGACAGGCUUAGAACUGUUGCAGGUAGGAUUCAGACUGUUGUUGGGGACAUAGCUACACAGGGUGAGAGGUUUCAGUCUCUACUGAGCUGGAGAGACCCUAGAGCUACCAGUUUCUUUGUAGUGUUUUGCCUUUGUGCAGCUGUGAUUCUCUAUGCAACACCAUUCAGAGUUGUGGCUCUGGUGACAGGCUUGUAUUUUUUGAGACAUCCAAGGUUUAGGAGCAAGCUACCUUCUGUACCAAGUAACUUCUUCAAGAGGCUUCCAGCUAGAACAGAUAGUUUACUGUGA